AUGGCAUCGUCAUCCUCAAGCAACAACGCAAACUACGACGUACCGUGGGUUGAGAAGUACCGACCCAGCAAGGUCGUCGACAUCGUCGGCAAUGAAGACGCCGUCUCCCGGCUCCAAGUCAUCGCUCGUGACGGCAACAUGCCCAACCUCAUUUUAUCAGGUCCUCCUGGAACUGGAAAAACCACUAGCAUCCUCGCACUUGCGCACGAGCUUCUCGGUCCCAAUUACAGAGAAGCUGUUCUUGAACUAAAUGCUUCAGAUGAUAGAGGAAUAGAUGUUGUGAGGAACAAGAUCAAGAUGUUUGCUCAAAAGAAAGUAACACUUCCUCUAGGCCGACACAAAGUUGUUAUACUCGAUGAAGCUGACAGUAUGACAUCUGGAGCACAGCAAGCUUUAAGAAGGACGAUGGAGAUAUAUUCUAAUUCUACUCGUUUCGCGCUUGCUUGCAAUACAUCGUCUAAGAUUAUUGAGCCGAUUCAGAGUAGGUGUGCAAUUGUGAGAUUUUCGCGACUAUCUGAUCAAGAGAUACUUGGUCGUCUCAUGGUUGUGGUUCAAGCUGAGAAGGCUUUGGUGGCUUGAUGCAAGUUUGUUUGGCAAUGGCUCCUAUUUUACACAUGUUGCAGGUUCAUGAUGGUUCUGUUGUAUGAUACAACAUUGGCAAGCCCUGUAAUUGAUGCCCUACUCAACUGUUGCAGGUGGUAUGCUUCAACUGAUUCAAGAAAGACAAUACAAUCUGGCACUCAUGCUACAAAAUAAUUGCCAAGUUUUGACUUGGAUCCCCUGGUGUGACAAGGAUUUGAAUUUCAUUCUGUCAUGGAUUAUUUCCAAUUGGUAUGGCGUUACUUGUUUUUUUUUGUACAACCUGGUUGGUUGGUCUUCUUGUAGGUAAGUUGUUGGUUGUUGAUUCAUGCAAUGGUCUUGGUAAUUCAAUGGCAAGUUUUGUGGUUUUAGUUCCAUGGUAAGUCAACACACUUCGUGGCUUGGCAUUGAUGAUGCUUCUUGCUGGUUAUGACCUUGGUUUGUAAAGUUGUUCUUUAGGUAAGCUUGUGGACUGAUUGCAUUAUGAAUGAACCAUGUUAACCUUUAUCCAAUUUAACUGUGGUGUGGCAUUUAUGUAGUU